UAAACUGAAGAAGAAGAAGAAGAAAUCGAGCGCACCUUCUGCUUGUCAACAGCCGGUCACAGUGCGUGCUGAGCGGCCGUAUGGCGCCGUGUUUUACGGGAAUCAAACCGUGUCGUUACUCGUUUUCUCCGGCUGAGGUUUAGACGAACAACCGAUCAAACAUGGCUCAUCUCUCUCAAAACCCCGCUGACAAAGAGAGGUUCAUCUGCGUCUAUCCGAUCUACAUCAACAGUAAGAAGACUCUGGCAGAAGGACGAAGGAUCCCAACAGAGAAGGCGGUGGAGAACCCGUCCUGUGCUGAGAUCAGAGAUGUGCUGACGGCCGCCGGGAUGAACGUCUACGUGGAAAACAACAAAAUGCACCCCAGAGAGUGGAACAGAGACGUCCAGUUCAGAGGUCGUGUCAGAGUUCAGGUGAAGCAGGAAGAUGGAAGCUUCUGUCUGGACAAGUUCACGUCCCGUAAGUCCUCCAGUCUCUGUGAGACGUUAUGUCCUAAACAGGAGACAACCUCCUGUUCUUCAAAGCUUCAU